CUCUCUCUCUUCAUUUUAUUAAUAAAUGAACUUUAAAGCAACGAAGAUCAUAAAAAAUCAAUGAACUAUGCGAUUGGUAGAUCAAACAUCACUACUACAACUAUCAAAAACAACAGUUUACAACACAACUACUAAACAAAUUUGAUUUUCCUGAAAAAAAGGUGAUACGAAAAAGGAAAUCAGUCAUGUUAUCAUCGACGUUGUUGUCGUUGACGAGAUUGAGAAAGACAGGUACGUUUUUGCGAUCAUCCAAGUGGAAGGUGCAGUGCCUCGUGACCUUGGAAUUUCGUUCCACGAAGGAUAAGAAAUAAAAAACAACAAAAAAAAGUAUAGGAAAAUCGUAAUAUACGAUUUACUUUUAUAUAAGUUUGAACUUCGAUUUACUUUCGUAAUUUGACAUUUCAAAGUUGAUCUAUGAUAAAAACAAAUAUAAUUUGUUGUUUGAAAAAUGAAUGGUGUGCCAAUCGAGAGGUGAUGUAACAGUGAUGACGUGAUUUGUCUUCAGAAAAGAAAAAAAAAGGAUUUUAGAAAGAAAGAAAGAAAGUUCCUGAUGACAGAAAGGAAGAAAAUUUAACGAUGAGUGUCAGUAAAUUUCGUUACGCUUUAGUAUUGUUAGCGUUUACGCGCGAAUUUUUGUUAAUCGAUUGUAAAUUGGAUACAACUACAACUACCACUACAACAACUGAACAAUUGGAAAUGUCGAAAAAAGAUUAUCAACUUCUACUCAACGAACAAAUCGAUAAAAGUUCUGAUGAAAAGAAAGAAAGUGUUGUUUUGUUCGUAACGAAAACAACCGAUCGUAAUAAACGUGAUGUUACGACGAAAGAAUUUUUAUCUAACAAAGAUGAAACUGAAAAAGAAAUUGAAACGAGUAUAGAAAAACCACAAACAACGCAGAUAAGACACGGAAGAUCGCGUAGUCAUUUCGUUCGACAAAUCAAAUUGGAAGAUUUGGAAUCUUCAUUGAGGAUAAGGACCAAAAGGAUACAACACCUUUCAUCGAAUUACAGUGAUACGGAAAUUGACAAGAAUGAAGAUUCCAAUUACUCGAGAAGAUACGAGUCACGUGAUGCUAAAGAAAAUAUUCUUCAGGAAACAACUAAAAAGGAUCGAUUGUCUUACGUUGAUGAUACACCUGAAACAUUGACAGAAUCAACUGUACAUUUGAACGAUCUUAUUCGUAAAGUAUUUCGUCAGCACGCAAACGUACCUGCUCAUGUAAAGGAAGAAGAAGAAGAAGAAGCUGGGGGAGGAUUACUGUUGAAUAAAUUUCGGAAAAAAAAUAAAAAUAAAAUGAACGAUCCUUACGAUUCUACCGAGAACACGAUCAUAGCUUAUGGUCGUGUUUUGCAUACCUCGGUGAAUAACGAAGAAUCUUUGAAAGUGAAUACCAAUGAAAAUCAAUUCAAAGCAUCCGUGUCAUUCGAAGAAGAAUUUGACAACACUUUGAGUGAUCGUAGAAUAGUUGGGAAUAGUAGUUCGAUGAACAAAGACAAUGAUUAUGAUGAUAACGAAAGUUUUACUACAGACUUUAUUGAAACGGAUGAUAAUGAUGAAGAUGAUGACAAUGAAGGUGAAGAUGUUCUUCCAACGAAACGAUAUCCAGAGAAGGAAUCCGUCCAGGUAGACAUUGUAACGAGAUUUCUUCGUAUUAUCGAAAAUCAACACUUGUUAGGUGAAAAUUGUACAGCAGGUACCGAUUUAAAUCUCGGUGAAGGUGUUGUUGAUCGUUACGCUCAAGAAAGAUUUCGAUUGGAAGCAAAUUUGGCUGUCAAUCGUGCCAACAUGUUAACCAGAUUAUGGAAAUAUGCACCUGAUGUUAUGUUAUCCUCAGAAUAUCUUCUUCACGCUAGCGUAUUAUCCAUGGUUGAAUUUGACGAAGAUAUAUUUGCAGCUGGUAAUUGUUACGACAAACUGCAAUACAAAGAUCAUUGGCUUUAUUGUCCAUUUGCUCAUCGAUUACCAGAUCAGGAAGGGGUUUUAGUUAAGGACUUGGCAAUCGAGUAUAAAUACUUGAGCAACAGUAGCGAGUGGUUUUACAUUGCUAGGAAGAAUGCUGAGAGGGUUAUCGCAAGUAACAACACAUUUAGUCGAGGUUUGCAUACUUACGUAUACAACGAAAGUACUCAUACAGAACGAGAGGAGGACGAAAUACUAACUGUAAAGUAUGAGGAUGGCAGAUGGUCAAAACCUUACUACGAUUGUGGUGGUGGUAACAUCUGGAUGUUGACAUACACCGUACCUUUUUUUGGAUACGUUAACGACACAUACUUCUUUAAAGGUACUAGUGGCAUUGAUAUCGAUUUGCGAAGAGUUGACAUAGAUCAAUGCCCAUUACCACCAGAAUCUAAUCAACUCAACAUAUUCGCUGCCAGUGACAAAUGUAAAAAGCGUACCACCAAGUGCGUCGCAAUUCCUGGAUUGGGAUUUCGUCGUGGAAGUUAUCGAUGUGUAUGCAAACGUGGAUUUUAUUACCCUGACACGAAGUCAACCAAACGUUAUUACAAUGGAACGGUGAUCGAGGAAGAGUAUGAAAAAUUGAUGAUGGGCGAGGAAAGUCAAUACGCUGUAGAAGAUUCCUUCGAGUGUCUACCUUGCGCUGAGGGUUGCGAAUCAUGCGUCGAUGGUUCGGCAUGUGUCGUGUCCUUGAAUUGGCUUAUGAGAACUGCUAUACUUAUAUUGGAAUGUUGCGUCAUCGCUUGUUUACCUGCCGUUGCUCUAUUUACUUGGAAAUACGGAAACGUUAAGAUAGUCAGAGCUGCCAGCCCGGUUUUGCUACGCGUUAUAGUGUUGGGUGCAUUCUUCAUAUAUUGCACGACGAUAGUAAUGUAUCCUCAACCAAAUGUUAUUACUUGCACCGUUCGCGUUUGGUUAAGAGAAAUUGGAUUUUCUUUGACGUACGGUGCUUUAAUGUUGAAAACUUGGCGGAUAUCGGUGAUAUUUCGUGUAAAAUCGGCAAAGGCAGUCAAAAUAACGGAUGCAAGUUUACUCAAACGUCUUGGUAUCAUAGUAAUGAUAUUCAGUGUAUUUUUAAGUAUUCGUACGUUGGUAGCACCACCGGUUGUCAUAGUUGCACGUACAGCGGAUGAUUUGAAAGCUUACCUUUGUCGAACGGAUUGGUGGGAUCACAGUUUUACAACGCUUGAAGUGAUGUUCCUAAUUUGGGGUAUCAGAUUAUGCAUCGUCGUUAGAAAAACCCCGUCCGAAUUUAACGAGAGUCGAUUCAUAUCGAUGGCCAUUUACAACGAAUUUUUGCUAUCGGUCUUCCUCAAUGUUUCGAUGUUGUUUCUCCAAUCACCGGCCAAUCCGGAUUUAUUGUAUAUCAUAUUUUUCUGUCACACCCAACUAACCGUCACGCUAUUGUUGUGUCUCAUAUUUGGCAGCAAGGCUUAUGUGGUAUUUCGUGGUUAUGGCAAAGAGGAUUCAGCUGGUAAACUUACCGGUCCGGCUACCAAAUUUAUAAGCAAAAGUAGCCGACCACAAGGUACAAGUAAUCAGACAAAUUCAAUAUCACUACAGCAAGGUAAUUUCACUGAGGAGAGCGACGGUUCUACGGAAGAAUUUUAUCGUCUUAUAGCACAAUUGGAUGUUUUAAAGGAGAAGAACGUGUUAUUGGGUAACCAUUACCUAGUAAAUAAAAUUGUAGCUAUGCAAGAAGCAGCAAAUCGUAAUGAAGCUCAAGUAUCGACAAUUCAAACAAUUUCUACAAGCAUUAGAUUGAACGAUCUUAACGGUUCGCGUACUUUCGUGGAAAGCGAAGCCGGCGGUGUAUCUUGUGAAAAGGAACACAAACGUGAAGGUAUGGAACAACAUGAGAAAAAGUGUCAAGCGUGUAUCGAGAAAAAUGGUUUACGAAGUAAGGAUCAACAUCGUAAUAGUUAUCCUAGCAGUAGCAGUAGUACGAGUAUACGAAAAGGUGAACAUUCGGAUUUGAGAGAAACCGAUAAAGAAGUUCACAUUAGCAGCAACGAUGGUAAAAACGAUGUAGGAGUUUCUACGUCCUCGAAACUAAUCGUCACCAGCGAGGAUAUAGCCACGGAAACGAACCCCGAGCCGAACGGAAAAGAACAUGAUGCAAAAGAUAAGUUCAAGAGCAAAUCCGGUCACGCCAGGACCCAUGCCAUUGUAAUCAACCUCGAUGAUAAGAGCAGAUUCUCAGAAGAGGUCACCGUCUAAAGGUCCAUCGAGAUAACCUUCGGACCCUUCCCUUUUUAACUUUACUUUAUUUUAUUUAUUUUCCUUCACGACGAAUUAAAUAAUAUAAUACGAAUUUUUUUUA